UUAUUUUUAAAAGGUGUAUUGGGCACCAAGUGUUUGGUAUGUGGUGUCUUUUUUUUUUUUUUUAAGGCUUGGUCCCAAUACACUUCAGUGGAGCGGUUAAGCAAACAGACUGUGAUUCCAAACGGAGGGGCCCGAGUCUCUGGAUUCUUAUUGGUCCAGUUCCCUUUGAAUGGCUCCAUUGAGCCAUUCCGGAGGAAUUUGGGGCACUAACACCACUCUCAGGAGGAGGAAUGUGUGUGAUCUGGUAAACAGCUGACUGACCGCCCAACUCCGUUCUGUUCUCUUACUCACCUAGUUUUCUUUCUUCUUCCUUCCCUUUGGAUUUUUGCUUGUUGUGAACUGUGGUGACGGACAUGAACUAACGAUACAAAGGCUAAUCUGGUCUUGCAGUCCACUGAGCAACCAUGCCAUUGGUCAAACUGUUUGGAGGCAAGGGGAGGCUGGUGUUGUGCAUAUUGCUUAUAGGUGCUGUGAUGUUCGACUUUGCUUUUUGUCAAAAAGAACAUCAAAUCCAGAAGAACAAUGCAGGAAGGAACCCCAAGCCAAGCAAGGCAAAAGUUGGUAAAGCAGCAAAUAAAGAGCUCAGAGCUGUGACAACCAAACCCAAGGUCAAAGUUACAUCUGAAACAGUGGCACAGCCCAUCCUCACACAGGUGCUAAACAGAGGUAAGUUUAAAAAGGUUGGCGAGAUCAUAAGCGUGCCGGCUGGACGCACGCUGGAGCUGAGGUGCAGAGGCAAACUUGUGCAGUGGAGUGUCCCAUCUUACUUGGAGGAGGACAAUGAAGGGAGGCUCAACUUUGUCCAAAAUGACCGAUAUGGAGUUUUGGCAUUAGUCAACAGUACUGGUGCAGACACAGGGGAGUACACGUGUUACCCCAUGUACUGCGAAGACACAGACUGCAGAAGGGAGUAUGACAAAGCUGCCAGAGUCUUUGUCUUCUUUCCUGACCCACAAGAGUUGUUUGUUCCAUCGUCUGACUACUACAAGGUAAUCCAGAUGCGGACGAACUGGCCAACACUACUUCCAUGUCAGGUGACAUCACCUGGAGCUCGGGUAACUCUGCACCGAGAGUACCCACCAACAGAGGUAGCUGUAAAUGGGAUGGAGAUCUCCUUUAACAUCAAGAAGGGCUUCACUAUCCAUCGACCGCAGCGUCAUCACGCUGGAACUUUGUACUGUGUGGCCAGUCUAGGCAAUCUGAGGCAGAGUUCCACUAAGUACAUUCUCAUCUAUGUCAACUAUCCCAUGGCUCCUCCUGCCCCGGUGAUCCAAGUUUCAUCCACCUCAGUGGUUCUUGGAGAAAACCUAUGUGUCAGCUGCAUUGUGAUCGGAGAAAAGGACGUGGAUGUUAACUUUGACUGGGAUUACCCAGGAGAACCGAGCGGGAGGCCUCCCUACACACGAGAGAGCGUCAGUCACACUGAUGGAGAUUCAUCCAGGCAGAAGUUUCAGUCCGUCCUUCUGGUGGAUGAGGUGAGGGAUGUGGAUCAGGGACAGUACACCUGUACAGCUCAGAAUCUGCAGGGAGCCAAAUCAGUGAGCACCACUGUUACAGUGAUCCCCAAAGCCAAAGCUAAGAAGCUGUGAGCCAUCAGGACACUGUAGCAGUACAGAGAAAGCACACAAUUUUGUCGUACUCUGAUUUUAUCUGGUGUGAAAAUGUAAUGAAAACCGAAUGAAAUACCCCAAAUGAAAAAUAUUUAUGUACACUUUUGAUAUAUAACAAGGUUUUAUAUUAAGCAAUUUUAUAAACACAUGCCUUAGUGUCUUUUUGUGUAUGGCAUUAUUAUUAUUAUUACUAUUAUUAUUUACUAUUUGUUGAUGAAAGUGUUGUGAUGAAAACUACAGUAUUUUAAGAUUUUCUGCAAGGAAAAUGUUGCUGUAAGAAUGUAAUAAAGGCUCAUCUUCACCAC